AUGACGAGCUCCCACCACCCCCCAACCGACCUGCCCUCGGUUCUCGUGACUGACUUGACUUACAAAGCCGGCUUCGGUCCAGUAUUAUUAGAGAACAUAAAUCUCGACCUGCCGCCCGGCAGCCGCUGCCUCCUGUGCGGCGCCAAUGGGGCCGGUAAGACCACCCUGCUGCAGGUGCUGGCGGGCAAGCACAUGGUCCCGCCAUCUGCGGUCCAGAUUCUGGGCCGCCCCGCCUUCCACGACCUCUCUCUGGUGACCACGGGGGACCUCGGCUACCUGGGCACGCAGUGGCGCAGCGGGGCGGGGACGCCCGGCGGCGGCCAGCCCCUGAAGGGAAACUUAAGCGCCCGCACACUGAUCUACGGGGUGCAGGGGGCGGACCCCGCGCGGCGGGACCGCCUGCUCCGCCUGCUUGACAUCGACCUUGAGUGGACCAUGCUGAGCGCCUCUGACGGGCAGCGCCGCCGGGUGCAGAUCGCCAUGGGCCUGCUGCUGCCCUACAAGGUGCUGCUGCUGGAUGAGAUCACCGUGGACAUGGACGUCCUCGGCCGGCUGGACCUCCUGCACUUCUUCAAGCAGGAGUGCGAGGAGAGGGGUGCCAGCAUCGUGUAUGCCACCCACAUUUUUGAUGGGCUGGAGGGUUGGCCCACCCACCUGGCCUACAUGGAGGGCGGCAAGGUGGUCAAGGGGGGCCUCUGGGCCGGCAUCCACGAGCUGGAGGGCGGGCAGAGGCUGCUCGCCACGGUCGAGCAGUGGCUGCUGAAGGAGAAGAAAGAGCGGAGGGCGGCCAUGGCGGCGGGCGGCUGCAAGCAGGACGCCCUGACCACGGCCGCCAAGCAGCCGGCACCCAUGAUGCCCAGCCGGCACAUGGCCUACUUCCGCUAG